AUGGGAAACAAGAUAAAGAUUGUUCAACAGGUUGUUGUUUUAAUGGGAUCUAAAGUUCAACCUUAUAUUGAAAAUUUAGUAGAAAGUAUUGUACAUGGAUUAGAAGAUGAAAAAGAAAAGAUUUGUGUAAUAACAACAUUAAAAAUUCGUGUGGUGCAAAAUCAUUUUAUUCA